CCCGGUGACGUAAUCGGUUGCUAGGUGUGAAUGAACUGAUGCUUUGUCUCGGUCAAACGGCUCUUCAGUUUACAGCUCGACCACAACAAAGCAGCAUCUGGUGCUCUGUGCUUUUAUUUUUUGCGACGUCCUGGGUUAUUCGGAGCCAAACAUGGCUCUUUAAGUUCUCACUGACCUCCUUGGACACGAAUAGAAGUCGUGCCUUGCUUUAGCAACGCACCCAAAGUGCUCUACAGUUUUUCCGCAAGAAUGGAGUUUCAUUAUGCUCACCCUGCCCUGCUCUCUGUGGCCCAUCAGUCAGACCCCGCUCGCUCCCAGCGUAUAGUCGGACUCGGACUAAAUCAAGGCGUCAGCAGACAAAAUGAUGGCAACAUCAGCUCAUGUUUGGAGGACUCUUCGUGUCUGCCCGGCAGACCCCCUCGCUCUCUCUCCCCCACAGGCUAGCCACAGCCAAUCACAGGGGUGCAGGGGGGAGGUGUCAGAGGAGAGCCCGCGUUUAAUUGGUGAUGGUCUCACUGACUGGAUGACGGAAGAAGUGGACUUCUCCUCGUACCUCCCAAAUCCUCCUUCCCCUCCCUCCUCCACCAAUGCCUCCCUUCCCCCUUCACCCCUUCAGAAUGAUAUCCAGGUGCCCUCUGACUUGGAGGUCAUGACCUCUUUGCUGCAGGAGGAACUAGCCCAGCUUGAAGACUACUUCCUGUCUGAGCCACUGCCGGAAAAAGGGCAGCGGCUGGGGAAAUGCGACAGGGGUCCACUGCCGGCGGGUUCUCAGCCAUUCAGUCAACUGCCAUAUGCCUCGUAUUCUGCGUCCACCCAAUCGGAGUCCAACCCGCUUCUUGUUACCCUGGCAACCGGGGAGCUGGAUCUGCUGAGCAUCUGUGGCGGGUCCAUAGGGCGAUCCAAAAUUCCCAGACAUGCCCCAUACAGCUGCAGCCGCCCCAGUGGGUGUGGUAGGAAAAGAAUCCUGGAGGGCGUGAGGUUUGGCGACGGCUACGAAAACAGUUUGUUGGGUUCCAAAGGAGGCAACUCGGGUUCCUCUGCUGCGACACUAACGAGUAAUUACAGCUGCGUCGAGGAGGAGCAACUGGUAGGGAAAAACUACUGCUUGGGUAACACAAUUGAGGUCAGAAGAUGUGGCGGCUUAUCCAAAGACGAGAAAAAUUGCUGUUUCACCCAAGAUGCAAUAAGUGGCGUCAAGGUUGCUGGUGGUGGGUUUGGAUUCGGCGGGACUCUGGACGCCCCUCAGAAGAAAGAGGACAUGUUAAUGUACAGCAUGAGGGAGGUCAGCGGCGAGGCGCUGAGCGGCGUCAAGACCAGCGUGGAGGUGACAAAGGCCACCGUCUCGUGGAAAAGCGACGUCGGCGAAAGCUGCUACAUCCCAGCGACGGCUCAAUCGGAGGCCUACAGCAGCUUCUUGGGAAACAUCAAUGAACAGGUGAAAACAGAGAGUCUGCAGAUGCUGCAGCCUGAUUUACACAGUAAUUACCUGGAGGAUCAGGCCCCAGAAUGCUUUCUGAUGGCGAGGGAGAGUCUGAACAUGGAAACCUCAGGGCACAGGCAGGCGUGCAGGCUGAGGGAAGACCACUGCGCUGUGAAAUACGAAGUAGACAUCAUUCCACACGAAGGCGGGGAGCGGAAGCAGAAGAAAAGAGAUCAGAACAAAACUGCCGCUCAUAGGUAUCGCCAGCGGAAAAGGGCGGAGCUUGAUUCUUUGGAGGAGCAGUUGCACUGCCUGGAGGGGAGGAACCGCGAGUUGCGAGACAAGGCAGAGUCCGUGGAAAGGGAAAUCCAAUACGUCAAAGACCUGCUGAUCGAAGUUUACAAGGCGCGCAGCCAGAGGCUGAAGCAGGACGCCACAGCGUAACGCCGCAUCACUUUUGUGUUUUCAUCUUCUUGUGAAAUGAAUGUUUAUUUUUUGUUGAUCUGCCAAUGGGGGGGGCGGUACUGCAUGCUUUGAUAAUACAAAUAGUUUUUUCCCUGAAUUUUAAAUCAAUAAUUCAUCACUUUUUGGCACUGAAAUCACCCGAGCCUUCCUUCACUGUGGCGCUGCCAUGCUUUACCUGACAAUCAUCUCUAACAGAUCUUCCUCUGAAUCUGCUGAAUGAAUUCGGGUUCUUUUGGGGGAAUGUAACGUCAUUUCAAACAGCAGGUUAUGUAUUUAUCAACAGCCUUACAUUGAAAUUGAUGUCAGCAAUAGAAGCUAAGGAUUCUCCUUUUGUCCUAUUUUUUGGAUUAGAUGUUGUGUUAUGGUGGAAUGUUUCAGCUCUGAAAAAAAAUUUGUUCUGACAUUCUUUUCACACAAACAUUCCUGUAAUUUUUAAUUGUUGCUUAAUUUAUCAAUUUAUUUAUAUAAUCUUUAAUAUGAGAUGAAACCACUGCAAUAUUUUUAGCAACUGUUAAAAAAAAUUCAUUUUAUUUUGUGAAAACACGCAUAUCACUGCUUAACACUGCUUUAAAGUAAACUGACAUGUUAUUUAUUGUGCUAUGGCUGUAGAUUUGAAAUUGCAAUAAAUAAAUCGACUUGUUUUAGAGCUCAGGUUAAACUUUCUGUCCUCCUGAUCUUUAAACAUCAGUAGAUAAUCAUUGCAGGAGGUAAUAGACUUGAAGCUUUCCAGUUAACUUUUUCUUUCUUCUGCAGGAUUUCAUGUUUUCCUUUUGGAUUAAAAAAACAAUGUUUUAUAUUUGGGUGCAAACAUAAAAAUUUGUGGCGUUUUUGCAGUUUUUAUUCUGCAUGUUUUAGCAUUAUUAUAUUAUCUAAAUUAGAAUAUGUAGGGAUUCAGAAAUGAGGAUUGUCUCCUAAAGGCAAUAAGUUUUAUAAGCCUCCAGCUGAGCUGCACUAAUUUGUAUUUUUUAUAUGUUCAGGGAGAGGGGCUGUGUGGAUUUUCCUUUUAAUAAAAAAAUAGGAAGAAAUGUAAGAUUAUGUUUAGUUGUGUUUGCUUUAUUAUUUAUUAAUUUAUUUGCUUAAUAACUUAGAGAAACUUUGCACAUUCCUUUCUUUCUUUCUUUGCACAUUACAAUUUUUGACAUUUGUCAUUUAUUUGCAUUUUUGUUUUUGUUUUGUUCUGGCUUGAGGUUCAUGAUGUUAAACUUCAGCGGUGUACUAUCAGAAGUUAAUUAAACCAAAAAUACGGGCUGACAACUCAUUGUAUCUCUAUGUAAUUUUAUGGUAAUUUAUCCACGUAUGUAUGUUUCUUUCUGUGUGGUGUAACUGUUUUCAUUAAAAAAGUUAAUUAGAAAUAAAACCUCAUUGAGUUUA